UCGAAACCGAAGUGAUAUUGCCUUGGAAAUCCUGAAAAAAUAUUCCAUACUCUACCUCUAGCACAUGAAGUGAGUGAAAAUGUCGUUUGAGGCGAGGAUUUUGGAUUCCUUAAGACCCAUAUUCCCGCAGCUAAAUGACCGCGUUUUAACGGAGUGCAUAAGGAAUGUUCAAGAAACCGUUGGAAGUGAUCCCGCCACUAUAUUACCCGGAUGCAUUGACAUGCUCUUGAGUAGAACUAUUAAUGAAGAAAAUUUAACGGCAAACAGAUCAGUUGUGCCUGUGACAAAACCUACAAACGAAAAAGCAAACUCGUUUGUUAUAGAAGAAGACGAUGAUGUAGUGUUUGUCUCGAAAACGAGCCGUGUUCAGACGGCGGCUGCAACCAGAAUUGCACCAAUGAUCAUUGAUGACGUGGAGAUUACGGCAUACCACUCUUCGUCCACCCCGAGAGGCGCAUCUAAUCCACCUCCGCUAAAUGCUGGUUGUAACACAAGGGACCUGAAGCGAAAUCUUUCGUUCGAAGGAGAGACACAAUUUCCUCGUGCGCCAUUUUCGAAUAUGCCGUCAGCGAAUCUUCAAGAUUCUAAUCGACAUGUUCAGGUUACACACGCUAAACAUCCUCUAGAUCCCACAGAAGGAGCUAUGGAAAACCUUCACGCUCUAUUCCCCGAUGUAAGAGAUGAUUAUCUUCAAAGCUUGCUUGACAGGUGGUCACAUCUCCCUCGAGAUGUGGCCAUCAAUCAUGCUUGCAAUGAGUUAAUUGAGAAACGUGAUUAUCCAAAGAAAGCAUCUAAAUUAACUAAUCCUCUGGGAACCAAUACUUCUGGAAAUGUCUGUGUAGAGAAAGACUUCUUCAAAGACUUUUCAGGUCCAGUGUCAUUGCAAUACCAAAAUCAGUGCUUAGUUUUACUUCAAAAUGAAUUCAGAAUGAUUCCCAAGGGGCAAAUUAAGAAAGCUUUGCAAAUAUUUCGAUAUCACUAUGCCCCAAGUAGAAGAUAUCUGCAGGAACAACUUCGCAUUUCUACACAAAGGGAUGCAACUGCCACAGUGACAGCUGCACCCUCUUGUCAACUCACAAGUAAGGUGCCAUUAGCCACUGUUGAUGAGACUCCCUAUGCACUUAGCCAGCGACCACCUCAAAUUCAACUUCUUAGGUGUGGACGCUCUCCAGUACAGUCAAAUUACUCACCAUUUAACAUGGAUGAGGAACUUUUAAGGGAGAUGGAGUAUGUGAAAAAGUGGGAUCUUUCUAGAACUGCAGAGAAGGAUCGAUUAUUUGCCUUAAGCUUAAAUGACCAGCAGUAUGAAGAAGAAGGCCAGAAAAUUGAAUGUGGCUGUUGCUAUGGAGAUGCAGCUUUUGAAGACAUGGUUCAGUGCCUGGAUGGUCAUCUUUUCUGUGCAAGUUGUCUGAUGAACUAUGCAAAGGAGGCUGCUUUUGGCCAAGGUAAGACAACUCUUGUGUGCAUGAGUGAUGGUUGUGAAGGCACAUUUCCCAUGAGUCAACUGAAGAAGGCCUUGCCGGCCAAAAUCCUGGAGAAAUAUGAAGAUCGUGUGCAAGAGGAAUCCCUUACAUUGGCCCAAAUGGAUGAUUUCGUGCAGUGCCCUUAUUGUGAUUUUGCAGCAAUUUUGCCACAGGAAGAGAAAGUUUUUAAAUGCCAGAAUCCUUCUUGUGCCAAAGAAACCUGUCGGUACUGCAAAGAGGAAUGGUCUGAUCAUUUUGGCUUAAAGUGUACUGAGGUUGAAAAAUCAGCACAGAAGGAUGUGAGGCUUUCAUAUGAAGAAAGAAUGACAAUGGCAAAGAUAAGAAAAUGCCCAAAGUGUGGGUGCGAGUUCACCAAAUCAGAUGGGUGCAACAAAAUGACAUGUCGGUGUGGAGCCACAAUGUGCUAUGUCUGCCGUAAGCCAAGUAUUCAUUAUAACCACUUUUGUCAGCAUCCAAAGGAUCCUGGAAAGCCGUGCACAAAAUGCAAAAGUUGUUCGCUGUGGAGUGAUCCUUCCGAAGAUGAUAACCGUGCAGUGAAGGAACUUGAGAAGGAAGCCCAAGAAGCAAAGAGGAAGUUUGAGGCAGAAUCAGAGGACAUCCCAGCUAAAAGGGUGAAGAAUGUAUGAGAACUAUAUUAGAGAUGUAGCUUCUUGAGAGUGUGAAUUACAGUAAGGUUAUAACAUGAAAUUCAUGUCCUUUGGCAGUUGGCAAGAGGAAGGAUUAGAAACAUUAGAAGGUACUUUCUAUUCAUUUUGUCACCCCAUUUCAGAAAUUGUGAUGUUACACCAGAAGAUUUUCAUCUUUCAUUUUACAAAUUAUUGUCAACAAAUAAUCAAAUGAGGGUUACAUAUAUAUGCUUCACCUUUAGGGUUUAUGUUUAUGUAAAAGUAAAGAACUUGUUAUUAUACUGAAGUUCUGAACAUCAGACUUUAAAUUUGGUCAUUUGUGUAAUCUUGUGUAAAAACAAUUUCUUACAAAAAAAGUAUUUGAGAAUUGAAAAGUAGUGAUCUCAAGAGUAUCAGUUCUUUGAAAUGAGGCAAUUCAGGGAGCAAGCUUAAAUAUUCUUUCAGCAAGAAGGACUGCCAGUUUUACAUUUUCUGUUUUAGUUUGAGGAUUUCUCAAACCUGAAUUAUCAUAUGAUCACAAUGAUCUCCAAAACAUUACAUUUAAA